UUCCGCUCCGUUCCGCUCCGCUCCGCUCGCCAGUCCCCUCCUGAGCGCCAGGCAUGGCCCCAAGUACCGUGGCGGUGGAGAUGCUCAGUCCCAAGGAGAAAAACAGACUGCGGAAGCCGGUGGUGGAGAAGAUGCGUCGGGACCGCAUCAACAGCAGCAUAGAACAGCUGAAGCUGCUGCUGGAGCAAGAGUUCGCGCGGCACCAGCCCAACUCCAAGCUGGAGAAGGCCGACAUCCUGGAGAUGGCUGUCAGCUACCUGAAGCACAGCAAAGCCUUCGCCGCGGCAGCCGGCCCCAAGAGCUUGCACCAGGACUACAGCGAGGGCUACUCGUGGUGCCUGCAAGAGGCCGUGCAGUUCCUGACCCUGCAUGCCGCCAGCGACACGCAGAUGAAGCUGCUGUACCACUUCCAACGGCCGCCAGCUCCCACCGCACCUAACAAGGAGCCCCCGGCGCCCGGCGCCGUGCCCCAUCCCGUGCGCUCCCCGGCCAAGGCCGCUGCCGCCGUCCCCGCCUCCCGCCAACCCGCCUGCGGCCUCUGGCGGCCGUGGUGACCCCGCGGCCUACGGGUGCUGGGAGCGGACCGGAGGAC